UCUUUCUCCCCCCCACCCCAAAAAAAUAUUGCUAGAUUUUUUUGGCAAGAAGCACAAAGUGCUCUCCUGCUGCACCGGCACGGUUUGCACUUUCUUUAUCCGUGCAAGCAUGAGCCCGGAGGGCAGCUUGACAUCCGGCGUCAAGGAGAAGAGAAUGCAGUCGGUAGGCGUGGCCCUGGAGGAGCUGCUGGUGACGGCUCAGAAACAAGAGUGCCUCACGGUCGGCAUCUAUGAGUCGGCUCAACUCCUCAACAAGGACCCGGACAGCGCGGUCCUGUGCGUGCUGGCCGCCGACGGCAACGAGGCGGACGUGGCCCUGCAGAUCCACUUCACGCUGCUGCAGUCGUUCUGCCGCGACAGCGGCAUCACCAUCCUGCGCGUGUCCGGCGUGCCGCGACUGCGCCGGCUGCUCGGCGGCGAGGGGGACGGGGACAUCCACUGCAUGCUCGUCACGAACCCUCAGGCUGACAUCCGCCGACUGCAGGAAGUUGGCGUCUACUGCCAGGAGAGCCUCGGCGUGGACCAGUGGGUGCCCGAGCUAACCCUGCAAGAGCGUUGACGCCAAAGCUAGCGGAUGUUCGCUCCCGCUUGAACGAUCUUUCGACGGCAGGAGGACGGGGAACCGCGCUCCUCGCCGCGUCACCGAAUACGAGGCUGGAACUCGGGACACGUGACAAAGCUGGACUCCAGCGUGCAUUUCGAGGAAUCGAACAGAACGUGGCUGAGGUGUAAAGUACGCGAGGCAUUCCCGUGUACUGUACCGACGCAUGCAAAAAUAUACAUUUUUUUUUUUUUUUUUAAUUCAUGUAUGUGCUUUUAACAUCCACGCAUGUUGAGCAGAAAUGGAAUGUAUGUGCCGCCAGAGGUUAUUUAACAUAAUUAAAUUAUUUUGGUAGGAAAUAGUACCUGUAACCCGCAAAAAUGGAA